CUCGUUAAUUGAAUUAAUCUUGACACGAGCGGCCAACCACACAUUGGCAACCCAUAAACAGAAAAAAAAAAAGAUAAGAGUCAGCACGAAAAACGAGCAUUAACAGAAGAGGAUAUGGAGUUAGAGUUGGAGCUUCCUCAGGAAGUUCUUCAAGUACUGCCUUCCGAUCCCUUCGCUCAACUUGAUGUAGCUCGAAAGAUAACCUCCAUUGCUCUCUCUACUCGUGUUUCUGCUCUUGAGUCUGAAGCUUCUCUUCUCCGUUCUCAGCUCUCCGAUAAGGAUGCUAUCAUUUCUGAUCUUCAAUCCCAGAUUGAGUCUCUGGAUACUUCUUUAUCUGAAGCUAAUCAACGCCUUCUUCGUGCUGAUCAAGAUAAAGAAAGUUUGAUUAAGGAGAAUUCUUCCUUGUCUAAUACUGUUGCUAAGCUUCGUAGAGAUGUUUCCAAGUUAGAGGUAUUCAGAAAGACGCUUGUGCAGUCACUUCAAGAAGAUGAUGGAAGUACUGCGACAGUGCUAGCCAAUGUUACUAGGGAAAACAUUACUCAUGUAACUACGUCUGCUCAGUCACAAAGUGGAGAUGGUGAUGGUACUCUACCAUCUUCAGUAUAUUCUCCAAAAGAGACUGAGAGUUUAGAACGUGGAAACUCUUUCCUGGAGGAUCGUGAUCCCAAUGCUUCAAGGCCUCGGAUAUCACCAGGUCUGUUGUUAGCAUCACAAAACAAUACACCUCGUCUCACUCCUCCCGGUUCUCCUCCUAUUAAAUCUGCUUCUGCGACACCUACCAAAACAUCUAGGGGACCAUCACCGAGGCGGUAUUCUAUGUCUUUUGCAACAACUAGAGGCAUGCUUGACUCUUUGCCUUCCGGUGCCCAUGGCUCUUUUUCAAGUUAUGACGGGGGGUCACAAAGUGGGAGAACUCGAGUUGAUGGGAAAGAGUUCUUUCGCCAAGUCAGGAGUCGUCUCUCUUAUGAACAAUUUGGUGCAUUUUUAGCAAAUGUUAAGGAGCUGAAUUCACACAAGCAAACAAAAGAGGAAACACUUCGGAAAGCUGAUGAAAUAUUUGGUCCAAACAAUAGAGACCUCUAUACGAUAUUCGAAGGCUUAAUGACUAGGAAUGUGCAAUGAAAGCGUGGAAUCUAUUUUUUAUUUUUUCAAAUAUAUUAGGCGCUUAUAAAAGCGUCCUUAUUACAAGGAAUUGGGCAGAGCUUGAUGAUACGAAGGUGCGAGUACUAUAAGAGUUUGUAUAUUUCUACGUAUUUUGUACCUUCACCAAAAAAAUGUACAUUUUCCUUUGUAAAUGCUAUGUAUGAAUACUUGCUAUAUUUUUCCUUCCCUUCCCUAUAUGCUACAAAAUGAUCAAAUCCUUUUUUAAUGCGAA